AUGGCUAUCGCAUCAGGCAUCCCAGGUCUUGAAGUCACUAUCGAGGUAGAUGCGGUAGCACUGCCAGAGUACCAACAUGGAGUCGUUGAAGAUGAAGAGAUUGCGACCUCUACAUCGAUGUACAUCGAGGCGCCACCAGCUGCCAACUUCUCCAUCCGCUAUCUAUUUCGUCAGCCCUUUACUCCGCCCUCGGCAGUACAGAUGGACGUGUUGCUGGACGGUAACUACGUGCAAGCCCCAUACAUCGAGUGGGGUGGCAAAGAAGAGUGCGAGGGAUACCUUUGCUCACGAUCCACUUCGUCGACUGGCGGACACAGCUUCACCCAGGGCUUCCAAUUCGCUGAGUUGAGGACCGAUGAGACCAACAUUCCCAUGACCAAGGAGCUCGCGGAUCGACUGUCACCAAUUGGCCGCAUUGUGCUUUACUUCUACUUCAUCGAGCACCUGGAAGCAGUGAGGCCCGCAGAAGUGCCUCAGCUUGCUAGCAACGAGUUUGAUGUUCUCAGCGAGAAGGCAUUGCACAAGGCGGCUGCGAUGCAGGGAGAUCAGCUAUCGCAUCAUACCAGUCUUACUGCACCCGAGCAACGUGAUACCAUCACUUACAAUGAAGUCAAGACGACCGAGAAUGAGCCUUUCGCGACGUUUACGUUCUACUACAGAUCGACGGAUGCGCUCAAGGCCAUCGGCAUCAUUCCGCGUACCCCAAGCCCGUCUCCGGAGCCAGAGUCAGAGGCCGAAGACAGGGACCCAGAUGACAUGACCGCGGAGGAAUUGAGGGCGGUGGUUAGAUGCAUGCGCGAGAAGGAACAGAAAGUAAUCACUGUCAAGCGCGAACGCGAGGAAGAGAGAGAAGGCAGUGAAGAUACUCUAGUUGGUGAUGAGGUCGAGUGGAUCGGUAGCCAGCCGGCACAUCCGAUCGUGAAGAGGAUACGUCGCGCUCCGGGUCCUGAUGAUGAGGUCGUGGUCCUUGACGAUUGA